AUGGCCUUAGAAGUCCAAAAUCAACAACCUCAGCCUCUUCAACUAGUUUAUGCUAGUGGUAUUGCUGCAGCUAAAACGGGUGCAGGUCAUCACCGCCGCAUAGCCACCGCUCUCCACCACCCUCCUCCACCUAAAGAAUUACGGGAGCCUUCUCAUCUCAAGACAGGUGAAGAAAAGAAAUUCUUGGAAACAAAAGCCAUGAGUCGAAGGAACGGACCAAAACUUGACCUCAAGUUGAAUUUGUCACCACCAAGGGUGAACCGGGCACGAUUCGAUUCUCCAGGUCGAUCAUCGACAUCUCCACCGAGUUCCUGCGUGUCGUCUGAGCUGAUCAAUCCGGACGAGUCCCUCUUUUACUCGAACAGUCCAGAGGCUACAUCCAUGGUGCUGGUAGGGUGUCCUCGUUGUCUCAUGUAUGUCAUGCUAGCAGAAGAGGACCCCAAAUGCCCCAAAUGCAAAAGCACUGUUUUGCUUGAUAUUAUCCAUCAGAAGAACACCACCUCCUCCAAGAAAACAAAGAAGGGUUAG